AUGAGGGGACAGUCGGCAAAAUCCAGUACUGCAAGCGUGACUGCAAGAGAAGCACCUCCUGAUAGUGAAGAACAAAGAUUUAAACAAAAAUGUAGAGAGUUGAAGAAAAGAAUCACGGAAGUAGAAGAAAGUAACGACGUUGCAACUUUAGCAUUGACCAGAACAAAUGCUGUGAUACGUAGAUUACGUCUCGAGUACGCCAUUUUACUUGAGAGAUUAGAAGAGCGUGCGACCAAUCCAGCUUUUGACCCUGAAGAUAUGUCUCCCCCACCUUCUCCUAAGAUACUUGAUGAAUCCUUAAAUUCUAGCAACGUUAAGCUGAGUAAAGGUGGAAGUGGUGUGAAGAGAGGAAGCAGAAAGGCAGGAGGUCGUGCUGGAUCAUCUGUAGCAGGUUCUAAUGGAUCAUCUGGUGCUUCAUCUAAGCCAGCAAGAGAUCCAAAUUUACCCAAGAGACCUACAAACGCUUACUUGAUAUUCUGUGAUAUGGAGAAGGACAGAAUUAGACUGGAAUUGGAGGAGAAGAACCCUGGUGCCGUUAGCGAGUUGUCAAAGGCUAUAACGGAGGCAUGGAAUAACUUGAAUGAAGAAGGUCGUGCUCCAUAUUUCAAACUUUAUCAAGAUGAUAGAGAGAGAUAUCACAGAGAAAUGUCAAUUUAUAAUCAGAGAAAGCAAGAAGCCGGAGAAGCUGAAGCUCCAGCUCCAAAGAGACAAAAGUUUGUCAUUAAAUUGAAACCUCAACAACCUCAAGUACAAUCUUCUUCUACUCCUGCUGCUAACGACGAACCAAAGGUAGAGUUGAAUUCUGAAAUUGACCCUCCAAGUGAUAUCAAUGAUCCUGAAGAACCUACUACAGAUGUACCUGAAUCAGAAUUGAAUGCGCCUGAAGAAGAAGGUACCCCAAUGGAAGAAGUUGAAGAGGACACAGAACUUGCCGAAGACGUAAAAGAAACAGAUUCAAAAGAAUCGAAGGACGAAUCAAAGGAAGAGGAAAACAAAGCAGUUGAAACUACAAAUGAAAACUGA